AUGGCGGGAGAGCGGUCUCCCUUGUUCAGGUUCUUUGCAUCUGAGGGAGGUGCUGAGGUUGACACAGUGAAAUUAGGAAUGGAGACGAGGGCAUUAGAGCACGUGCACCCCAGGCCACGGGACACGGUACUGCGCAGUGCCCCCACCCUGUUCAGCCCAGGGCCGCUCCCACCUCACCGGCACCGAGAGCUUCGUUCUCCCAGUGUCUCCGCGGAGCCGACGAUCCCCAUCUGGCAGAACAAACCCCACGGCUCCGCGCGCAGCGUGGUCAGGAGGAUCGGCUCAAACCUCCCUUUAAAGCCCUGUCCCAGAGCAACCUUUGAGGUUCUACCAAAUGUUUCGGAGCUCUAUUUAAAUGACGUCCCUCCAGUCCCCACCUUGGCGGACAUUGUGUGGAUAGCGGCAGAUGAUGAAGAAACGUACGCCAGAGUCAGAAGUGACACUCGCCCGCUGAAGCACAAGUGGAAGCCGAGUCCCUUCACCGUUAUACAGCGAAAUGCUUCAGUCCCCAACCUGAGGAAGCAGGAGGAGAAGCUGCUCGCCUUGAAGAAACCUGGUUUACCAGCACUGAGCCGAACAACGGAGCUCCAGGAUGAGCUGAGUCACCUUCGGAGUCAGAUAGCUAAGAUAGUCGCUGCAGAGUCAGCCUCUGCUGCGUUAACACCAGAUUUAUUAUCUCCAGGAAGUUCAAAUGCGUCUUCUCCUGUACCUUGUUUCGGACCCUCUUUCCAAUCUACAACUUCCUUUGUCAUUAGCGAUAUCACAGAGGAGGAGGCGGAACUCGAAAGCCCCGAGCUCCCGUCCGUCUCCAUGCUUUGUUCUGCCGCCUCCGAGUGUUGCAAACCCGAACCAAAGGAUCCCGACGAGGAAGAUUCCGUCUCUCUGUCAAAGGCCAGCAGUUUUGCAGAUAUGAUGGGCAUUCUUAAAGACAUUCAUAGGAUGAAGCAGAGCAAAGACUUCAGUUCCCGAACCCGAACUUCAAUGAAGGAGGACGACCCGGCCGUUCUUAUAGCAGAAGUUCUGAGAAGAAAAUUUGCCCUCAAGGAUGAAGAUCUGGCCCUGAAGGAGAAAUGA